AUGUCUCAGAAUGAAACUUCACUAUGGUGGCCCGAGGAGCGCAUCAAAUCCACCCUCGACAAAAAGUACAUCAUCAGUCGUCUGCGGCCGGAGAACAUCCCACGUCUCUUUGAGCUCCCGGACUGGGGCGAGGGCUUGACCAGCGAGACCUACAUGGAAUGGAUCCUCACCAAAGCCGGCCGUGUUUUUAUGAUCCUCGACGCUAUCGGCAUUCCCGAUCGCAUCUUCGCGCUCGUCGACGAGUCGUGCGACGACGAUGAUCUACCCAUCGCCGAGCAUAGUGUCGAUUUACUACACCUCUCUCCGGAUGGAGACGAUGUCGCCUUAGAGACUAGUUUCUUUCAUGCACAGUGGCGAUUCCUGGUCCGUGGUAUAGCGGAGGGAGAACAUGUCGUCUAUACCGAGAAUGAGGGCGUGCCCGUCGAGGCGGUCCGCACCAACACCAGCAGCGGGAUACACGGGCGUGAUGAUACGGUCGACAGAGUAGUUCUCGCCGGCUCUGUCUGUCGAGUCUACAUGCGCACCCAAGUGCAGGUCGGCGGCGCACCGCAUUUCUUCUCCUCUGACGAGGUUCUCGCGGAGAUCCGCAGCUUGAAAAGACUGUCACACGAGCAUCUCGUCUCCGUCUACGCUUCAUAUCUGAAAGACGACAGCGUCUCUGUCCUUUUCACCGGCGCCACGGCAGAUCGGAGCCUACACCGAUUCCUCACCGACGAGCCCCUGGCCUUCAAACGGCUAGAGAAAGAACAACGUCGCCAGAUCUUAAUCACCUGGCCACAUUGCCUUGCCUCGGCAGUCUGCUGGCUGCACGCACGCGGCUACGCCCACGGCGCAAUCCGCCCAUCCAACAUCUUCGUCGACGCAGACUACCACAUCUGCCUCGGCCAGUUCCAAGCCCUCGACUCCCUCCUGACCCCGCCACAUGUCAACGACCUCGAGGCAUACAACUACUCUGCCCCCGAGCGCUGGACUCGUCCCACAGGCCCGGUGAUCCUAAAGCCAGUACAGCCUGCCAAAACCCUCCUUCCCUCAGGAGGACGUACCAAGCGCAGACAAAGGCCAACCCGCCUAACGCUCCCCCCACUGAACGAAAGCCGCGCCGCGUCUCCAAACCACACAAGACCAAACUCCUCCUCCUCAAAAGGAACAGCCAUCCGCAUCGGCCGCCCAGGCUCCCCCUCCCGCUUCUCCUUCGCCUUCUCCUCCUCCUCCUCAUCCUCCGAAGCCUCCUCAGCAGCGUCCUCAACCCACACAGACGCAACCGCCACCUCACCGCAAGCAACCCCCCGCCACCGCAUCUCAUCCUUCUGGGCGCGCCGAACAAAGAACACCCCCUCAAUAAUGUCCACCUCAACCUCCUCCUCCUCCAACACCUCAUCCCUAACAUCCCCAACCUCCCUCCGCCACUCCACAUCCACGCCAUCCCUCCCACAUUCCCACAACCACACCCACCCCCCAAACCCCAACUCCCCAGCCGACAUCUUCUCCCUAGCAGCAACAACCCUCGACAUCCUAACAAUCCUACACAAACGCACCCUCGCCUCCUUCAGCGCCCACCGCAGCGCCCGCAACCGCUCCGCGGGCCGCGGCGGCGGAAUAGCAGACGCCUCGUUCCACCUCGAGCGCAACGCCGUGCAGAUCCAGUCGUGGAUUUCGCGGCUGGAGGGCGACGCGCUGAAACGCUGUCGGCGGGAUCGACGCUCCGAUCGCGCGUUCUGGGCUGUGCCGCGGAUGUUGCUGGUUGUGCGCGCUAUGCUUGAUCUUGAGGGUGCGAGGAGGCCGUUGGCGGGGAGAGUUCGGAAGGGGUUUGCGGAUGCGAUUACGAAGAAGGGGGGUGGGAAUGGUGAUGGGUUGUUGGUUUUGCAUUGUGUUAAGGAGAAACGGGAGGAGGGGGGUCAUAGGGAGACUCAUAGGGACGAGAGUCAUAAAGAGGGGAAUAAUAAUCGGAAGUUGGAGGUUGUUCGGGAAGUGGGGGAGAGUGCUUCUGUUGUGUCUUCGGCUCCGGUGGAGUCGGGAUCUGUUUCGGUUGCGGAAUCGGGUUCGGAAUUUGAUUUCGGGUUUGGUCAUGCUGGGAGUGAGAGUGAGAGUGAAAGUAAUUUUGAGGGAGAUUUUGUUGAUUUUGAUACGAAGGAAGAUGUUUCUGCCAUGCCUGAGCUAUAUCUGCCAGAGUUGGAUAUGAACAUUACUGGGAUAGAAGGUAUGUCGUUUAAAGAUUAG